UCAGUUUGAUUCUUAUCUCCCUAAUGACGUCAUAAUAUAGUCGAGUAGUAGAUUCUAGAGAUCUAGCACCUUUCAGAUUUUUGUGAUUGCAGUCACAAACAAGAUCUAGAUCUAGAAUCUUGAUUUAUCUAGCUAGAAUUAUUGUGGUCCAUGGUUGUACAAGAUUAAGCUAUGGAAAUUGUCAGGUACAACAAACGACUUUCAAAAGCCAUCCAGGAGCUCUUCAUUAACAUGAUAGUUCCGUCCAAUUUUCUGCUUCUCAUACACAGACACAAUCCUGAUGUGUUAACUGAUGAAGAUAUUAGUCGCCUGCGUCUGCGCUUACAAAGCAGCAUUGCCAAAGAGAUUAACUUGGACCUUUUAGACUGCAUGACACAUUAUGAGGGCUGGUUUGACUGUUUGUUAAAGGUUUUAUCUGACCCUGAGUUAAAGCAAGCUAACUUAAUCCCAGCUUUUCAGAGAAUAAAAAGGGAAGUUGAUGAUGCCUAUCCAAACCAGGGGAGUCAGGCAAUGGCACGCGAUGUUGUCCCCAGUUUAGAGAGCUCCAGGUGCUCUAGGGAACUUUUACUACAGUCUGAUUCUGUUCAUUUAAAAAAUCAACAGAAAAAAAAUUCAGGCAAAACAAUACCAGCCAGAACAAAAGAAACUAUUCCCAGAAAUUCUGAGGCUGAUGAGAAAAAUAAACUAGACUGUGAGAUAUGUGGUAUUGUCUUAUCAUCAGAGUCUCAGAAAAAAGAUCAUCUCACUGGAACAAAACACUUGAAUAAAGUCAAGGAGCUGAGUAAAACUGAUGUGCAAGUCAAGUCUAAAGGUGAAAUGGGUAAUGAGGAAAAUUUGAAAAAGCUUAACAAAAGUUAUAACAAAUUCAAAGUUUUGCCAGAUGUUGCAAAAGGACAGAAACCUGAUCCAACCCCAUUGGAAAAUGCCCAAGUGGCAUCAGGAAGUGUUAGUCCAAUAGCAGGUGCUGCACCCAAAGCAAAAAACAUACCAAAAAAAAAAAAAAAUCCUCCAACACCAGAUCUUAACGUUACACAUCCUGUAGGUCCCACAAAUACCAGCACCUCACAAAGUGCAGCCAAAAAUCCCACCAAAGACAAUAUUGCUUUCCAGGAUAAUAUGUAUUCAGUGGCUUUGGAUAAAAAUGGGAAGGGUAAGUGUGAACUAUGUCAAGUAAUUUUAUCUUCUGCCAAGAUUGCUAAAGACCACAUAGAUGGGAAAAAACACAAAAGUAAUCUUCAAGCUUUGAAUUUACCCACAUAAAUAACAAUUUAAAGAAAGGCCUAUUUGAAUUAUAUAUUACAUAAAAUCUAAAAUCAUAUUUUGACAUACACAUAUCCUAAAUAAAUUUACCUCACAAGGCAAAUGCUUUUGAUUUUUUUUAAAGCGACGUUUGUAUAUUCUUUAAAGCUUAUUUUUACUUUAUUUUAUUGCUGUAAAUUUAUUUAAUAAAUAAAAUAUAUAAAUUUAUGUAAAAUUGUGAUUAGAAAAGCUAAUUUUUCACUGAAUUCUUUUAAAGCUGAAUGCUUGUAUUAAGCUUAAGUCCAACAAAAGAAUCCAUAAGUUGUAUUAGGCAAUAUUUAAAACUACAAAUUGUUUACUUAGCUAA